AUGACAACUGUCUCAUCAUCAUUUACAUUAGAUAAACAGAAUCGCAAUAUGAAUGAGCAAACACAAUCAUCAAAUAACAAAAAAGAUUAUAUAAAACGUCGUCGUAUAUCAAUAAUAAAUGAAUAUUUAAUAAGUACGUCUACACAUGGUUUAAAAAGUUUAGGUUUGGCAUAUAAUAGUUGUCAUUUUUUAUUUUGGCUUUUAACAUUUACAUUUGCAUGUGGUUUAAUGUUAUAUUUUAUUGUUCAAUGUUUAAUUGAAUAUUAUCAUUAUCCAACUCAAACAAUAAUUGAAAUUACAUCUGAAACUGAACUAAAUUUUCCAGCUAUAACAUUUUGUAAUUCAAAUCCAUUUCGUUAUGAUAAAAUUAAUGAAUCAUAUAAUAAUUAUUUAUUAAAUACAAAUUGUUCAUAUAUUAAUAAUGAUGUCUAUUGUAUGAAACAAUUUAUAAAUAAUUUAUUUAAUUCAAAUAAUCAAACACAAAUAAUUAAUUAUGGUUAUGAUAUAAAUGAUUUAUUAGUCGGUUGUAAUUAUAAUAUAUUAGAUUGUAGUAAUCAAUCAAAAUACACUCAAUUUAUGUCUCCAUCUUAUGGUAAUUGUUUUACAUUUAAUGCGCAAUUAUUAGCAAAUAAUGGUGAAAAUAAAUUAUUAUUAGCAACAACAACAACGAGUAGUGGUGAUAAUAAUGUUGAAUUCACCGAUUCGUCAAUGAUUUAUUUUUAUGGUGGAGGUACAAAUUGUUUAUUUAUGUCAUUUUAUAU